CAAGCAAGAACCAGCAUGUUUGGCAGCACAUCAACGUCUAAGGAGCGCAAUGGAGAGAAGCUUGUCUCCGCUUCCGGGUAUGUGGACUAUGCGGAACCUUACGAGAGCAGCGAUCAACCCAAGCAGCAGGGGAGCUCGGAGUUUGUACAACGCUCCACGGUGGAGCAAGUGAAUCCGCCAGCUACACAACAACGCGCUCAAGCGAAUGCUAAUUAUGCUCAGCCUAAUCCCAGUUACAACACAGACCCAGAGCGACGUGCUCAGCAGCCUGUAACUUAUACAGAACCUGAGCGCAUUGCUGUCCAGCGUGCACAGCCUAAUCCCAGCUACGUUCAGCCCAAUCCCGUUCAUGUCGAUGCGGAACGCAGCGUGCCACAGCGAGCACAACAACCCAGUGCCGACUUCACUCGACUGCGCAGCAAUGUGCUGCCCGUGGAACAGGCGCAACACAAUCCGAAAGAACGCACGCUUAGCACCAACUACAACACAAAUUCCACAGCCAAUUCAAGUGCCGACUAUGUGCUUAAAGAACGCUCCAAUGCGAAAUUUGUUUUGCCCUCGCAGAUGCGACCAGCGCUUGGUCCGCCCCAGCCGCGACCUCCAUUCGCCGGCGCCCGUCCCAUGGUCGGUGUGGGUCCACGCCCGCCCAUGCCCCCGAAUAUGGUGGGCAGACCGAUGCCGCCGCCGCUGCGGCCCACAGACAGCAAGAGCAAUCUGCUGAUGGGUCCGCCACCGCCCAUGAGACCGGGCAUGCCCCCGCCGCAGCUCAGUCAGCAGAGCAUGCAGCAAGCGCGUUUGCCCAAUGCCGGUGGAGGAGGACCCUUAAGUCCACCGGGACAGGGACCGCCCAGGCCACAAGGCCAAGGCUUCCCAUGGUCAGCUGGACCGCCGCCGCCAGGCGCUAGACCACCACAGAACAUGCAACGACCGCCGCCGCCAACAUUUGCACGUCCCAUGCCCGGGCAGCCAUUGCAGGCGCCCUUCCGACCCCAGCUCUACAAUCCACAGGGGCCACAGGGGCAACCCCAACCCCAACAGCAGCAGCAGCAGCCGCAUCAACAGCUGCCACAACAGCUGCGACCACCGUCGUCGGCGGGCAUGCACAACGAUAAUGAUGAUGAUGAUGUCAUCAUGGGUCAGGCGGUGACGCCGCUGAAGACGUUCAACAUGCGCAGCGAUCCGAUGGGUUCGCCCCUGCUGGAGGAAACGGAGCCACCAUUUGACACCAGCACACCGUCGCCCACAGAUGCGUUGCUCAAGAAAGGUGACAAUGACAGCGGCGUGGAUGAGUCCACUCAAGAGAAGGAUCGCAACGGACCGAAUUCACCGAGUUCACCGGUUAAGACGCCCACAUCGAGCUCCUCGAAGCCAGACAAGUCGGGCAUCUCCAGGCCACCGAGUGCCACACCGUCGAAUAAAUCAGCAUCCAAGUCGCGCAGCACCUCCAAGAAUCGUCUGCUGCUCAAGACACCCGAACCCGAGCCGGCCAAGAAAGUUCCAAUGAACAAGGUACAGGUUGGCCAUGCGCCGUCGCCCAAUCUGAAGGCGGUACGUUCGAAAAUCGGUUCGCUGGAUAAUGCCACCUACAAACCAGGCGGCGGUAAUGUGAAAAUCGAGUCGAAGAAGAUCGACAUUAAGGCUGCACCACGCAUCGAGGCCAAGAACGACAAAUAUAUGCCCAAAGGCGGCGAGAAGAAGAUAGUUACAACAAAGUUGCAGUGGAAUGCCAAGUCGAAAAUUGGCUCAUUGGACAAUGCGGCACAUAAGCCUGGUGGCGGCGACAAGAAGAUCGAGACACUGAAAAUGAACUUCAAUGACAAGGCCAAGUCAAAGGUUGGCUCCAAGGACAAUGUGAAGCAUCAGCCCGGCGGUGGCGACAUCAAGGAUAACGACGCAAAGGAUAUACAAUCGCAAAAAAUAGAAAUUAAGGCACAAAGCAAAGUUGGCUCUUUGGAUAAUGUAAAGCACAAGCCCGGUGGCGGUGAAAAGAAGAUUUUCGAUGAUAAGGAUUAUUUGAAAAAUGUUGAACACUCUGUUGCACUGACAACACCACCAACACAGUUCGCUGCGCAAGGUCGCUUGGUGGCCACCAUACACCUAGAAUUCGGUCUUUGUAACUCUGACUGUGUGUGUAACGAUAUAUUUGAGUCGCUUUUUAAGUGAAAUCCCAGAAACCAAACCUAAGCAAAAAAACAAAGAAAUCAUUUAAUUAAUCCAAUAAUAAUAGUACCUAAAAGCUUCAAAUCGGGUCAAAAAUGAAAACAAAAGAAAAACUUAAUUAGCUCAAAUCUCCAAUUUCCAAUCUCCGAUCUCUCUCUGAAAUCUCAAGACAAUGCGAAUGGAAAUUGUAGUUGUACAUGAACAAAAUCUCGAAUGAGUUUGCAAGAGUUUCUAUUUUAAAUUAUAUAUAUGUAUAUAAAGACGACAAAUGUUUAAUUAUAAUACACACAUUUGACAACAAAUUUUUAUUAAUUUCGGCACGCUGAAAUUAUUUUAUACCCUAUCCAAAAGAAAAAAAUGCUCUACAAAUUUGGAAAGCGUAUGAAUCCGCCGACUCUUGAUAACCACUUAUAAUCGAUCUCAAGAUGGCUGCUAAGCAUUUGUUAAUUCCCCUAGUCUAUAAUUAAACCAAGAUACCAAGAAACAGAAAAACAAGAGACAAGUGAAUGCCAAUUGAGUAUUAUUUAUGGCAAUAGUCAAAACUUUUAUACUAUGUAGAAUAGUACAAAUUUUUAACAGUAUUGGUAUGUACAAAUGAAUUAUUACGGUUACUGACCUAACAAUAGAAAUGCUCAAUAUAUACAGACAUAUAUACAUAUAUAUAUUUAUCUAUUAUCGAUUGAUGAUUAAAAAGUUAAAGAUUGUGAAAAGUCUGCCCAGCAUUUAAAACCAUUUAUAACAAAAUGCAAAAUGCUUUGCUCUCUCUAUCUCUCUAUCUCUCUCACACAUCCCAUGCGAAUCUAGAAAACCGAAUUUUGGGUUGGUCAGAACUCAUUGACAUAAGAUUAUAUAACAAAUGCAAUACAUGUACCAUAAAUACAUUUCGAAAUUAUCAUUAAUUAAUAUUAUACAAUAAUGUUUAAUUCUGAAUUAAUUGUGUGUGAUUUUUGUGUAUUUU